AUGGACUUUGACUUCCCGCUGAUCCCAUUGCUGCCAUUGCCCAUCACCCUCGUCCCCGCCUCAACAUUCGCAGCCCUCGAGAACAGUCAUCACGGCCCGCAGUUCCAGCCCGGUUUCGUCUCCUCCGUCUCCAUCGGCAUCUCCUCCAGGAACACCAAUGGCAAUAGCAACAACAGCUAUGUCAACAACUCGGCAAGCUCAUCCUUCUCCUCGUCGUCCAUCACCAGCAGCAGUUAUGACCACCCAAGCAACUACCCUGGUUACGCCACCAACGGCAGUAACACAAGUGCUUCGUCACACCUGUCGGAUCAGGAGCGCCUUGGAGCUAUCGUUGAUGCUCUUGGAGAAGCCUCUGCCAAGGCUCAAGAGUUGCCGACUUCGAUUACACAGCGAUUGAGGCUGGCAAAGAACCCAACACAGCGUGUGUACAUCCUGAGGACAGGACUCGACAGUGGCGAGGACCAAUGGCUGGACCAACUCGAGAUCGGAUCGCCUCUGAUGCAAGAGUCUAUCCGCAAGAGCAUCGUCGACAGGAACGGAUCCAUGUCAUCAUCAGCAUCUGGAAACAACAAUUACAGCAAUGGAACCUAUAGGAGGACCAGCAGCAACCCCGAUCUGUCGCCCCUGUCGUCUAGUCCGACUUUGUCGUCUCAACAGGAAGAGGAGUCUUCGCAGAGAAGGAGUCCGAGGACCCGGAGCGAGGAGAAGGGAGUCUAUGUCGCAGGAAUGCUAAAAAUGGGCGAAAAAAAGCUAUUCAUCGUGGACAAAUCGGGAACAUUGCAUGAGCAGGAAGUUUGUUGUGUGCUAGACUUUUAUGUCGACAAGUCCUGCCAGCGUCGCGGAUUCGGCAAACUACUCUUUGACUACAUGCUCAAGGUGGAGGAUAUUGACCCUUGUCAGAUCGCAUACGACCGUCCAAGCCCCAAAUUAUACCAGUUCCUGAACAAGCACUUCCAGCUGGAACGGCAUCUCCCACAACCAAACCAAUUUGCGGUAUUUGAGGGCUUCAAUCUGCUCGAUGUCGGGGAGACCAUCAAGGUUGAUGACGAUACCUUCCUCGCUACUUCUGGAAGGAGUUCUCUGACGGGGACGAAUCAGCAAUCGCAAUCGUCUGUCCAACAGCAGCAACAACAAGAACAUUCUCAACAGCAGCAAGAACGACAGGAACGGCGACAGCAGCAGCAUCAGGCGAAUACCACUACUUCUUAUAUACCCAGCCAUGCUUACCCUGCUACUUCCAAAGCGCUGCAGUCGUCUGUUGUCUUUGGCUGUGGAUACGCACAAGAUCAUCAACCGUAUAGUACUACAACCGCAGACGCAACACAACCACCGCCGCCACAGAAACAACAAGAGCAACAACAAAAACCAAACAGGAGGAUAUCUUCAGCGUUCACGUCGUCCAUCAACCUGUCCAGUCCUUCAACGCCGCCCUCACACCACUCGUCGGCGUCAAAUCAUCAGGGAUCCGUCAAUGGUACUGGCAGGAUAUCUCGGCUCCUGGCCUCGUCCAUCGUUUUUACCGACCCUACUGGCGGCAACGCUUGA